UCUCUAUAUAUACCCUCCUCACUCCAUCUUCCACUCUCAUCUUCUUCAAUAAUUCAUUUCGCUCUGUGUUUUUGCAAGGAUUCACAAAAGUUCCAAAGUCAAACGCUUCAGCUCCUCCAUUUUCUCUUAUUCUUGAAAAGGAUUCUAAUGGCAGCAGAAGCUGAAUUAGCAUCUGCCUUAGAUUUCAUCAAUCAGCAUUUACUCGGCGAUCUUCUUUCACCUCUUCCAUCUUCAUUUUCCACUUCCAAUUUGGACCUUUGCAGUUCUAACUAUGACACCAGCUCAACAUCUGAUUACUUCAACCCUAUUGAUGAUGAUUUCUUCGAAUUCGAAUCUAAUCCUUCAUAUUCUAAUCCCACAACCGAUUUUGAAUUUCAUUCCACCAGUACCGGACUUUCUGAAUUCGAAUCAAGAAUAAGUUCAAACCGCAAGCCAUCUCUCCAAAUCUCACUACCUAACAAAACCGAAUGGAUUCGCUUCACUAAACCGGACGACCAAAAACCGGUUCAAAGAGAAGAGAAAAAGCAUUACAGAGGAGUCCGACAAAGACCGUGGGGCAAAUAUGCAGCGGAGAUCCGAGACCCGACCCGGAAAGGCACACGUCUGUGGCUAGGGACUUUUGACUCGGCCAUUGAAGCUGCUCAAGCUUACGACAGAGCUGCAUUCAGGCUGCGCGGUUCUAAAGCUAUUCUUAAUUUUCCAUUGGAAGCUGGGAAGUCGAAUACACGCGCUGAGAAGGGCAGCGAACGGAAAAGAAUGAGAGAGAGUGAGAUUGAAGAAAAAGAUGCGAAGAAGAAGGUAGCGGUGAAAAGAGAGGAAGCCGAAAGUGAUUUUGCAUUGACGCCGUCGAGCUGGACGGUGUUGCAUGAGAUUUUCAAGGUUCCGUCGUCGUCUCCGUUAUCUCCCCAUCCAUCGUUAGGAUAUCAUCAGCUUACGGUUAUUUGAGAAGUAGCAGUUGGAAUCAUCUGUAAUUUUGUUUUGUUUGUACAAAUGGUGGCUGUAUUUGGAAGAUCUGUAAAUGCAUACAUAAUUAUAGUACCCUUUUCCAA